GUUGGAAAAUCAUUUACAAAGUGGUACCAACUUCCCUUCUUCUGUGAAUAUAAAUCCAGGCAGGAUCAGGCAGAUCUGAGACAAGGGAUCUAGGACUUCUAGUCUCUGAGCUUUCAACCAGAGUUGCUUUCUUCAAAAGGGUGAAUCCAGAUCCUAGUAACAUUAGCGGCAGGAGGUGACCAUGAAGAAGCUCUUGUGGUGUUUUCUGAUCUUCAUCGGCUUCUUUAAUGCUUUUGGACAGUCAGACUUCCAUGGAAAAGCCUUCGUGUUUCCAAGAGAGACGGCGAAUUCCUAUGUAUCUCUGAAAGCGCAGUUAAAGAAGGCACUCAAUGCCUUUACCGUGUGCGUCUACUUCUAUAGCGAACUGGCCCCGACCCGUGGGUACAGUAUUUUCUCUUACGCCACUAGAAAAAGUGCUAAUGAUAUCCUUAUCUUUCGGUCUAAGGAGAGUGGGUAUCUUUUAGGAGUGGGCGGACCUGAACUAGAAUUCAAGGUCUAUGAAAACGCUGCGUCCCCGACACACCUCUGUGCCACCUGGGAGUCUGCUUCAGGGAUCGCAGAGCUCUGGGUGAACGGGAAGCCCAGGGUGAGGAAGAGUCUGCAGAAAGGAUACACCGUGGGCUCAGAUGCAAGCAUCAUCCUGGGGCAGGAUCAGGAUUCCUUUGGUGGGGACUUUGAUGCAAAGCAGUCUUUGGUGGGUGAUAUUGGCGAUGUGAACAUGUGGGACUUUGUGCUGUCCCCAGAGAUGAUCAGGUCUGUCUAUCGUGGGGGAACCAACAGUCCUAAUAUGCUGAACUGGCGGCAGCUGAUGUUUUCUGCAAAUGGGGACGUGUAUAUCAAGCCCAAGCUGUGGGUUUGAGGCCCUGCUGGUCUUGUAGGUAUUUCCUGGGCAUGAACCUCCAUGGGCCCUAUGUCUCUGGCUCUGGCCCUUUCCUCAGAUGUAGGUCUGGCUUGUGAACAUAGUCCUUUGCUUUCCUGCCCUGCCUUCUUCAGCACCAGAGAAUGGAAUUUAGAGUAAGUGCCUGGCUUGGGAG